CUCUAUUUAAAAAGUGCGCGUAAAUUCUUAAAAGUUGUGAAAUGCCGAAAGAAUACAAGCAAAAAUGCCGCGAUGUGUGGCUUAAAAGUGAUGAAUUCAAGGCAUGGAUUCGCAGGGAUGAUACAGACCAGCAAAGGGUUUACUGCAACUAUUGCAAGAGCACUAUCACAGCGAAACUGAGUGAUCUGCGAGCUCACGCUGCAACAAAGAAGCACACAAGUGCCAUGAGUGGCUUUACCCAGGCGAACAAGCUCAACUUUGCAAGAGCAUCUGAAAAUUAUAAUGUGCAAAUUAAGGAAGCAUCACUGUGCCUUUUUAUUGCACAGCAUACAGCAAUGACGCAAAUUGACCACUUGGGGAGCCUAUGCAAAAAAUGGUACGACGAAGCGAAUAUAAAUCUGCAGCGGACCAAAUGCACAAACAUUUUAAAAAAUGUAUUAGGACCACACUUUUCUGAAGACUUAUGCCGGAAUUACAUGUUUGGAUUUUUUUUUUUCUCCAUUCUUCCCGUCAAAAACAGCUUUUUUUCUUGGUCAAAAGUUGGCAGCACUGGGCCUGAUACACCACAAUUUAUAUAAAAUUAAAGAUUAUUUAUUAAAUAUAUCUUAAAACACUUGUAUUCUUGUUGACGUCUGUACAAGAAGUGACGCUUCUUAAAACUAAAAACUAAAGUGCUGAACACAAUGACAGCGACAGACUACA